AUGUCGUCGCUCUCUCGCCGUGCCUGCUACAAAUGUGGCAAUGUUGGCCACUACGCCGAGGUUUGCUCUUCAGCUGAGCGCCUCUGCUACAAUUGCAAGCAGCCUGGACACGAGUCGAACCAGUGCCCUCUCCCCCGGACGACUGAGGCCAAGCAGUGCUACCACUGUCAAGGACUGGGUCACGUUCAGGCCGACUGCCCAACCCUGCGGUUGAGCGGUGCCGGUGCGGGUCGGUGCUACAACUGUGGGCAGCCUGGCCACUUGGCUCGUGCUUGCCCUAACCCCGCGGGCGUUGGUAUGGGCCGUGGAGGCCCCGUCGGCCGGGGUGGUUUCGGUGGUUACGGCCGUGGCGGGUAUGGUGGAGGUCCCCGCCCUGCCACAUGCUACAAGUGCGGUGGUCCCAACCACUUCGCUCGCGACUGUCAGGCACAGGCCAUGAAGUGUUACGCUUGUGGCAAGCUCGGUCACAUCUCCCGGGACUGCCCUGCUCCCAACGGAGGCCCUCUCAGCACUGCCGGCAAGACUUGCUACCAGUGCGGCGAGGCCGGCCACAUCUCGAGGGACUGCCCUAGCAAGCAGACCAAUGUGGAGGUUAACACUGCGGAGGUUGAUUUGGCCGCUGCCGGGAUCCCGGCUCCUGUCCCUGCACCUAUCGCCCCGGCAGCUUGA